GCAAGAAACACACACACAAGCAGAGGAAUGCUGCUCUUUAUAGAGGUUUAAGCUGUUAAAAUUAAACUGUGUGUGGAUUCGGCAUGUAUAUUUGAGGUGUAGCGGAAUAUUUUGAACAGCGUUUAUUAUCUGUAAGCUCAGCAACCGGACUUUAGCUUGUUUGCUAACCUUAGCCGAGCUACAGGAGCAAAACUCAAGCCUUUACUAAAAAUGUCCUCAUCAUGUAGCAUCAACUAGCUUAAAAAGAAGUCAUGAAGGACUUUUUGAGGAGGAUACAUAGCAUCUUCCUAAAGGUCGCUCUGUUUCCGGGCACAUUUGGCAGAAAACGUCCGCGUCCAGCUGCCUCCGAGGUCUUAACCUGCCACCUGCAGCAGCGCAAACUCCCGCCGUGGACCUCCUACUGUGUCCGCUACAGCUCCGUCCACAAUGACCAGUUUGGACUGUCCAACUUUAACUGGAGCGUUCAGGGAUCCAACUACCACAUACUGAGAACAGGCUGCUUCCCCUUUAUAAAGUAUCACUGUACCAAAGCUCCCCCACAGAACCUGGACUUUGAAGACAAGUUUUUCACCAUGUUGAAAGUUAUUAAUCUGGGUAUCCCUUGUUUGGCUUAUGGCAUUGGGUGCUGGAUGGUGGUGGGAGCUGCAGAAACAGUACAAACAAGUGUCGGACCCGUCACAGUCUAUUUUGCGUACAAAGAAGAUGAAGGCGCACAGUACUGAAACAAAAAGUACCACUUUGAAAUUUUAAGAGAAUGUCUGCCAAGCUGCUGUAUUUUUAAGUUUCCCCUGGUGACCUUCUGCUGGAGAUAUUGAUGAAAGUGUCAUCCCGUGUCACCGGUUCUCUUGUCUGACCGCACAGGUUCAUUUGUGUUUAAUUAUUAAAGAUUUAAAGUUGCACUGGAGGAGUCAGUUAUGCAUGUCAUUACACUGACAUACAAUACUCAAAGUAUUUAUUCGGACAGCUAACUUCCCAUUAAUGUUUAAUGGAAAGUUUAGAAUUUCUCGAAGAAUAGACUGCUGGACUCAAUGACUGAGUUUUUACACUCAGUUUAUUGUAAAAAUUUAUUUUUGCAACGAACAUUAAAAAAAAUGGCAGAAAAGAAAUUA